AUGCACAGUUAUCUAUUAGAAUUGGAGAAGAAGAUAUUACAUGAGCUAGAAAAGUGGUCCAAUAUUGAAGAAAACGUUCUCAGGCAGAAAUCUCGAGCAAAAUGGAUACAACUUGGAGAUGGGAAUAAUCACUACUUCUCAGCAAUCAUAAAGGAGAGGGUUCAUAAGAAACAAAUACUGGAACUCACCUCCCCUACUGGUACUGUCUUGAGUGGCCAAAGGGAAAUUAGAGAAGAGAUACUGUUGGUUUAUAAAUCACUAAUGGGAUCAGCAGCAACUACCCUUCCUAUAGUAAAUAAUGACAUUAUGAAAAGAGGUCUUGUCCUAAGUCAUCAACAAGGGCUAAAUAUUUGCAAUCCAGUAACUGAAGAAGAAAUAUACUCAAGCUUGAUGUCCAUUAGUGAUGAUAAAGCUCCAGGAGUGGAAGGUUUCAAUGAUGUGUUCGAUAAAAAGUCGUGUUCAUUGGUGCAGGAGGAGGUAUUUCAGGCUAUUGGGAAGUUCUUUACUAGAGGAAACAUGCACAAGGAUAUUAACUGCACAUCUAUAACAUUGGUCCCUAAAAUUGCUAGUCCUACAUCAGCGAAAUAA